AUGGAAGAGGGAAAGACUGCCUACAUCGUGAAUCAGGGCAUUGGGGGCUCUAGGAAGGGCAGGGGGGAGGUUCGGAAGGGCAGGGCGAGUCUGUUGACCAGAAUUACGAUGAAGGCACCUCAGACAAGCCCUAUGGCCACGCUCUUGUUGCUGGUAUUGAACGCUACCCUCGCAGGGGUGACCCGCAGUAUGGGCAAGAAGAAGAUAAAGCAGAAGUCCAAGGUGAAGCCUUUCAUCCGCGUGUACAACUACAAUCACCUUAUGCCAACCAGAUAUUCAAUUGAUGUAGUGUUGGACAAGGGGGCUGUUAACAAAGAAGUUUUCAAGGAUCCUGCCCGCAAACGCAAGGCCAAGCGAGAAGUGAAGGCCAAGUUUGAGGAACGAUACAAGAGUGGCAAAAACAAGUGGUUUUUCCAGAAGCUCCGUUUUUAAUGUACAUAUAAAUAAACUGCCUAAACAAGA